CCACUGCCCCCGAACCCUCAAAUGAGGGUCAAGAAGGCACCAACGACAACAAGGCAUCUGAGACGCCUCAACCGCGCACCAUAAAUGUUUGUAUCGAUAGAGCAUCAGCUGCUUUCUCCUUCUGGUGCUGCGCAGGUCCCGACAAAGAGGAUCCUUCCGACAUGGCUGUCAUCACUGGCACCGACGAGUAUAUCGACGCUGAGGAAGACCAACAGGUUCCUAGAUGCGGCCGGGAUUGUGAAGAGUGUAAGGCUAGGAUCGAGCAUGCCCCAUCCUCCCAUGCUUUGCCACUGACCGAGGGGGCUCGAGUGGUCGUCCACAUC